AUGUUAAAUAAAAAAGUGAAUUCGUUCCAACAAGUCGGCCGUAACCUAAUAAUUCCUGGAGGCACCCGCAUUAUCGAUGCGACUGGAAAGCUGGUGAUGCCGGGGGGUAUCGACCCCCACACUCAUUUGGAACUGGAGAUGAUGGGAGCCAAGACUGCUGAUGACUUCUACAAGGGUACUAAGGCUGCGGUAGCUGGUGGCACUACUACCAUCAUUGAUUUCGUGCUUCCAAAUAAGGGUCAGUCCUUAUUAGAAGCAUAUUCCAAUUGGAGACAAAAGGCUGACAAUAAAGUAUGUUGCGACUACGCACUCCACGUAGGGGUGACUUGGUGGUCACCAUCAGUCAAGAAAGAGAUGGAACAGCUGGUGGCUGAACACGGAGUGAACUCCUUCAAGAUGUUCAUGGCAUAUAAGGACGCUUGGAUGCUGGAGGACUACGAUCUGAUGGUUGCCAUGGAAACCUGUGCUGAGCUGAGGGCGUUGGCUCAGGUGCACGCGGAAAAUGGCAACAUUAUAGCUCGUAACACCGAGAAGCUCCUCGAGGCUGGAGUGACAGGACCCGAGGGUCACCAGCUCUCGCGUGAUGAGGAAGUGGAAGCCGAAGCCGUCAACAGGGCUUGUGUGAUCGCCAACCAGGCAAAUUCUCCCCUAUACAUUGUUCACAUGAUGUCCAAGAGCGCCGUAAAGGCUCUACGGAUCGCGCGUACGCGUCAACGACCACCAGUGUACGGUGAAACCUUGGCCGCUACAGUUGGUACUGACGGUACCCAUUACAAGAACGCUUGCUUCCGUCACGCGGCCGCUCACGUCUUAUCUCCACCUCUGAGACCUGAUCCUUCCACUCCCGAAGCCAUCGUACAGGCGCUUGCUGAUGACGACCUCCAACUAAUCGGCAGUGAUAACUGCACUUUCAAUGAGAAGGAGAAAGAGUUGGGCAAAGGCAAUUUCACCAAAAUCCCAAAUGGUGUGAAUGGUGUUGAAGAUCGAAUGGCCAUUUUGUGGCAGAAGGCUGUUAACACAGGUAUAAUGGACCCGUGCCGGUUCGUGGCGGUGACGAGCACAACCGCUGCUCGCAUCUUCAACCUGUGGCCCCAAAAGGGUCGUAUUGCGGUGAACAGUGAUGCGGAUGUAGUGGUUUGGGACCCGAGAUUGGAGAGAACCAUUUCUGCCGCUACGCACCAUCAUGCUGUUGAUUUUAAUAUAUUUGAGGGUCAACACGUAGUGGGCAGUCCUCAGUACGUGAUAGUGAACGGACGAGUGUGCUUGGACGACGGGAACCUCAGAGUUGUUGAAGGUGAGAUAGUCAACAAUUCAAAUUGGGGCAUGGGGGAGACAUUUUCAUUUAUGAUCCUGGUGCAAUCAUUGCUUUACCAGGUCUCAUCUAAGACCUUCGGUACACGGCUUUGGCCACAAGAAUUAAGAAUAUGUGAAUAUGUAAGAUGUGUUUAG